UCGAUCUUUUUGCUCUCAGUCAGUUGUGAACCUUCAAAGGGAUAACAUGGAGACAAAAAUGGAAGCAAGAGACAUAACCGAAGCAAUGAAGUCGUUAGUAUGGAACAAAUAUUUGCUGAAAUAUAUUGGACUUUGGCCACUUGAGAUUUCUUAUGCACACUUUCUCUUUUAUUUCUCCUAUCUUUUCUUACAUAAUGCGAUGACAAUUUCCGAAUUGAGAAAUAGUAAACACGAUUUCGAAGCUAACAUGCAAUUUUUUACCGAAAACGUAUUGCAUCUAAUGGUGCUAACGAAAGUAGCGGUGUGCUGGGUAAACAGACAUACAUUAGGACGCUUGCUCGCAGAAGUAGAAAAUAAUUUCGUCGUCGACACUUACAAUACGUUUGAGAAGAAAUUCAUUUUCAUGAAAUAUAGCAGAUUGGCGAAAUAUUAUUUGAUAGCAGCGGUAACCACGAUGAUUUGUACUACUGUAUGUUAUUACAUUCAUGCGUUGCUGCCAAACGUGGAAAUGGCCAUAUUAAAUUCGUCAUUGGGUUACAAACCACCGUACAAAACAGAUACCUUUGUCGAUAUACAUGACAUUAGGAUCUAUAUUUGUCUUUGCAUUUAUCAGGUAUUCUUAGUACCGACUAUUAUACUCGGUUAUGUAGGAUUUGAUUGUUUGUUCGCCAAUCUCGCAUUUCAUAUUACCGCACAAUUUGGAGUACUCAGUUGUAUGCUCAGAGAAAUUCUCGACGACUCUAAUGGUUUUCGAUGUAAUAUAAAGGAACUUGUACUUCGACAUUAUAAAUUGAUAAGACAAGCAAAAAUUUUGGAGGAUAAAUAUAAUGUAAUAAUAUUCCAACAAUUGAUGGGAUCAACCUUUCAACUUUGCGCAUCUGGUUACAAUACACUUGUAGGUUCAGUGAACAGUCAAACAUUAACGGUGAUGGUAUUCAAUUUUUAUGCUUCGAACACAUUAUGUACAUUAUUUACUUAUUGUUACAUCGGCGAAUGUCUUAUUCAGGAAAGUUUGAGCCUGAAUACAGCAAUUUAUCGUUACGAGUGGUAUAACGUGUCACCGAUCAACUUAAAAAUGGUUAAUAUUUGUAUGUUGCGAAUGAAAAAACCAGAACAACUUACUUCCGGUAAAUUCUUCGUUCUAUCAUUGGCCUCCUUUACCGACAUUAUUAAAACGACGAUGGGAUAUCUCUCAUUAGUACGAACAUUUAUGUGAAGAAUUUCUUUUUCUCCAUUUAUUACUAAGGUCACAUAUUUUUCGUAAUAAUUAAAUGUCUUUCUAAAUUAACUG